CUUAAUCCGAUUCACCUGGUCAGUUUUCUCCUACAGGAUGAAGUAUUCGGUUGUUUUCUCACUCUUCCUUAUCUUAACUACCACUUCAGCUGAAGUGGAUUUGCUCCUGGCCAGGAUUGCCUGUCGAAUGGCCGUUAAGCAAAAUCUCCAGAUUACUUAUGUCUAUCGCUGCGCCAGCUGUGCUGCAUCCUUAGACCCGGAGCACUCUGCUCUGGAGCUUGAACUACAGCGUUGUGUGGGAAGUCAUGUUCCAGUAGUGUCGCGAAAAAUCGAGGCUUUCGAGCUGGAGCCACUGCGUCAGACAGAUAGCUUGAGUAUCUUUCAUAUACCAGUAGCCGAAAAAGGUGACUCUCUGGUGCGUCGAAUCUUGGGAAUGUUGAAUCCCCGACAGCCGCGCAAGCACAUGCACAAGUACAUCUUCCUGUGGCCCGGUGCCAGCCAGGAUCAACUUCUUGAGCUAUUUAGUGGCUGCUGGGCCAAGCAGGUCCUUUACGCUUUAUGUAUUACCCACCGGAAUAGGGGCAUCUUUGACUUUGAUCCUUUUUUCAUUGGAGGCCUAAAAGUUGUGCAAAGUGGCGAGAAUUUCCGUGACAAAAUGAGUGACUUAAGAGGCUAUCCACUUCGCUUCUCCAUGUUUGCUGAUCCGCUGAUGGCGAUACCACGGGAUCCGGUGGAAAGUAAGGGCUACAAAGCCGUGGAUGGAGUGGCUGCACGGGUAGCUGCCCAUAUGCUAAACGCCUCAAUUACAUAUGUCCUACCGGCGGACAACGAAUCCUACGGACGCUGCCUGCCGGAUGGCAAUUUCACAGGUGUGGUGCGAGACCUGGUGGGAGGGCACACUCACUUUGGACCCAACUCCCGUUUCGUCCUGGAUUGCAUUUGGCCACACGUUGAAGUAUUAUAUCCGCACACCCGUCGUAUCUUGUACUUGGUUGUCCCGGCGUCCGGAAUUCAGCCGGAGUAUCUCAUUUUUGUACGUGUCUUCCGUCGCUCGGUGUGGCACCUCCUUCUUGUCACGCUCCUGGCGGUGGUUUUAAUCUUUUGGCUAAUGCAGCGGUUCCAGGACCGAGUUCCGCGACAUGGAGGUAUCAUCCACUUUCAGGCCAAGUGGUACGAGAUCAUAGAGAUGUUUGGCAGAACACAUGUGGGUGAGCCAGUAUUGCGGGCGUCCUCGUUUAGUUCCAUGCGGACCUUCCUCAUGGGCUGGAUCCUCUUCAGCUACGUCCUGACCACCAUCUACUUUGCCAAGCUGGAGAGUGGCUUUGUACGUCCCUACUAUGAGCCGCAACUAGACCAGCUGGACGGCCUCUCCCAAAUGGAUGUUCACGUCUAUGCGGUGACCACCAUGUACGAUGCAGUUCGAGCCUCACUCUCCGAUUACCAUUACGGCCUGCUGGCGAACAGGAGCCGUCAAUUGCCCUUGGGACUGACCACCUCCUAUUACCAAUUGUUGGUGGUCCGGCGCGAUAGGCGUUCUGCGUUUAUUAUGCGCGACUUUCACGCCCGUGACUUUCUGGCUCGUAACUACAACUCCGAGCUGGAACGUCCCAGCUACCACAUCGUCAAGGAGUACCUGCGCUCCAUGCUCUGCACCUACGUACUCCCGCGGGGUUCGCCCUUUUUACAUCGGUUUCAAACCCUCUUCACCGGAUUCCACGAGCACGGAUUCUUCGAGCACUGGCGCCAAAUGGACAUGUUAAGGCGGGAGGGCACUACGCCCAAUGGCGAGGAGUUCUACGAGGACUUGGGCGACCAGACGGACAUCGAUGCCACAGCCAGCGAUGCCACUAUACGGCGCAAGAAACGAGUGGUUCUCACCCUUGACAUCCUCCAAGGAGCCUUCUAUCUUUGGUCAGUGGGCAUUGGCUUAAGCUGCUUGGGAUUUGUCCUGGAGCAAGGGCAUUACUUUUGGAGGAGACGGCAUUAAAAUAUACAUUUUUAAAUUGAUGGCUUUCUAAAUAAAUAUAUACUUAUAAUAAUAUUGAAUAUUAUAUUCUUAAUCAAUUAUUUAAAUCCCAUUAGCUUAGCAACUAAACACUGUAUAAUGAUGUUUAUUUGUUUGUGAUUAUUUCUUCAAAGCGUCUUAAUCUUUUAAUAUUUAAAUAUAUGUAAAUCAGGUAAUCACCUCUAAAAAAAACACCUGACGUUAUUGAUGAAAUCAGUGCAAUUUCUACAAAAUACAACUAAUAUAUAACUUAGUGGAAUAUAUUUAUAUUUUUAGUGAUUUAAAGAUACAUAUCUUAGAUAUUGAAUAAACCAUCCUAAAAUUAUAUAUUUCGCAGUUGAAUUAAUCAUCGUAAGUCAGAUUGGACUAUGUCUUUCGAUGGAUCAUUGCUCU